AAUCCAGUUCUCUGGUGAGCCUCGUCGACAGAGACCGAACAAGAUUAGUCCGAUCCUAUCCAUUUACCUUCGAUCCUUCUUCCUCCCCACUUGCUUACGAAUGAUCUGUCAACCAUGGCCUUUCUUCUAGGCUCCCCCCUUUCUCCCCCAAUUUCCAGGAGCUCCGCUCACGGUCUUCGCUUCCAAAGAUGCCGGUUUUCACCAAGGUUUCUCCAGCGCCCUGUCGUUUGCUCGCUGCGGAAGCAGAAGAGUAUUUAUCUGCGUAGGAAUGCGCGCUUCGUGAAGCAUAAGCGGCAGGAGUUUCCAUUUUCUGGAGGGUACUUGAAAGAUUUGAGCUUGGUGAGUAAAGGGCGCUUCUUUAGAGCUAACCAGGGUUUCGGUUUCAACGACGGCGGCGGCGGCGGCGGUGGAUGGGACAGGAGCUCCACCACAAGGGUGUUGGGCAAUCUGGUUUUGGCUAUUGGGCUGACAUACCUUACCGUGACUGGGCGGCUUGGUUGGAUCUUGGAUGCUAUCGUUUCCAUCUGGCUUCUUGCAGUUUUGUUACCUAUCAUAGGUUUGGCCGCUUUCCUCUGGUUCGCUGGACGCAACAUAGUUCAGAGCAAUUGUCCCAACUGUGGAAAUGAAUUUCAGAUUCUGAAGUCGGCUACUAAAGAUGGCCCACAACUGUGCCCAUUUUGUAGUCAACCAUUCUCUGUUCAGGGUGACAUAUUUAUAAGAGAGCCUUCAGGAUUCACGUCUGACCGUUCGACAGGUUAUAGACAAGCCUUCAAUGGAUUCUCACCCCGAAAGGAGAAAGGUAAGACCUCUUCUACCGUGGUUGUUGACAUAGAAGCAGAUGUUAAAGACAUUGACUGAUGUGUUUCUCAAACAAGAUUAAAAUGUGCUCUCGCGAUUCCCAUCCAAACCGGAGGACGACAACUAACAGUCAAAAUAGUAUCCAUGACAAUGAAUCUUUCAGAUCCUCAUAUAGAUUGUAUCGAAAACAAUUGUAGAUCAGUGGGUAAGUAACAAAGAUCACAAAUGAACAUCAAUGUCUGUUUACUUCAAAUCCUGUAAAUAGAAGUUUUUAUUGUGUGGUCUAUAAAAAUUUUGUUCUUUUAGCAGCUUAA